AAUCCAUGUCACUUGGCUCCGGUCGCGACCGAACGGUGCUGCUCCUGCUGUCACACCAACCUCUGCCCCGUGUUACUAAUUCCACGACCCCGGCACAGAUUUCUGCCUCCCCAUGAAGCAGACCAGCUCGGAGUACACGGGUUCCGGCAGCUGCCCCGCCGGCUACGUCACGCGCUACUACCGCGGCAACGACAUGGUGCCCUAUUCGUACUGCGUGCAAGCCUGCGGCCCCAGCGAGACGGACGGAACCGGUUCCUUGGGAGGCGGAAAAACCACCGUUGCCUCCUACGAAGAUCUCAAGAAGUGCUGGUACUGGUGCAACGGCAAGACGCCCGAGUGGAGCUCUGUGUGGCAGGCGUACCUGUGCCCCUGCUCCGGCUGGUUCUGCUCGCGGGACAACGCCAUCAGCCGCCCCCGCGCCAUCCAGUGUGGCGCCGGCAAAGUGGAAUACAUGCGCGCGUGCUUCCCCACGUGCAACUCCGGAUAUGUGCGCGAGGGCGAGUACACCGACUUUGGCUGCUACCAGAAGUGCGCCGGCAGGUACAACACGCGCUGCGCCAAUGGCUACAUCUGCGCAUCCGGCGGCAGCUGCCCCAUCGUGCCCAGUCCCUCCAGCGUCAAGGCGUGCCCCGCCAACCUGGCCUCCACCUCAGACGCCGACGUGGACUUCUCCUACCAGCCCGCCCACCUGUCGGACCUGCCCGCCGAGGUCGUGGAAGAGCUGUCGGACGAGCUGCUGCCGGAUGAGAUCCUCAUGCAGAUGCCGCCCUCGCCCGCACCCGCACCCGCCGCCACCACCCGCGCGCCCUCCCCCUCCCCCGCUCCCACUCCCUCACCCCAGACCGUCACGGCCGACAGGGCCUCAACCGCCCGCCAGCAGGACAACACCACAGCCGGUGCCGCCUCAUCAGCCGACCCCGCCUCAGUGCCCCAGACGUCCGACGCCCAGCUGCAGGCGGCGGCGCUCGCCACCGACACCCCUGCCGACGUCAUGGCGCCGGAGACGGGUUCUGCGGCCUCGGCUGGCGGCGCCGCACAGACUACCGCGGCUGGUAGCAGCAGUGGCACAGCAUUGAUAUGCUUGAAAGAACGCAACACGCACAAGCGAACAUGACGUUGUAGAGCCGAGGCCAGUGAGCUAGCACAAGCAAAAGAAAGCGUGAGCAUGAGCAGCGACCGCAACUGCAACGUUACCUUUGACGAGAUAACCGCGCGCCAAGCUGCGCCACUCCGGCGUCCUAAAGCUCGCAGCUGGUGUAUACGGCUGUCAGAGGCUGGGCUGGCGUAGACUGGCCGCAGACUACCAAGCGAAGGCUGCGAUGCGUUGUGAUAACGCGAACCCCAAGAGACCCACCUGGAACACAGCCAGGCAUCCGCGGUGAGCCAGGAGUAGUACGUACAUGCGAGGACAAGAGGAAAGAGAACGGCAGAAAGGAGGGUGCAGCAUGGCGGUUGUCAAAACGUUGAGGCCGGCGCAGAAAACAAACCAGGGUGGCUGCCUAGCUGCGGCCGGGCUGACGCGAAGGCUGACUGGCUGCUGUAUAUGGUGAGCUGAGACUGGUAUGAAAGGCUGGUGCCGGCCAGGCGAGUUGGGCAUGAGGCGCCGCUGCAUGGGGACACGACGCGCUGUAGGCCAUGGGGUAAACUGACGGGUGCGGACCAUAGUACGGUUCCCCACACCCGUCCAGGAACCGGCCCACGCACGGUGCAGCGGGGCCGGCCGGGCGGAGGAACCGGGCUGGCAGCUGGGCUGGACGUCGCGACGUUGAAUCGACAAGAAUCUGGGCCCCACAGGGGGUCGGGGCGUGCAGGGGCGCUGCGGGCGUGCCGACGACGCCAGCGUGUCCCAAAAACACCGAAGUCCACGUGAAAGCCAGCAGAGAUAAACGCUGACAAGAAUAAAGCCAGCAACGUUUCAUAAAUAGUCUCAGUACAAACGAGAUUUGUGCAGGGCAUCGUGCCAACCGCGUGAAUGGUGGCUGCACCCGCAAGCGGGAGGCUCGCCCUUGCCAAACACUUAAGGGCGGGACCUUAAGUAGGUCCCUGCCACUGGGCAACAGAUACCAGCGUGAACUUGCCGGGGCCCAGGGGCGAGUAUCCCUGUUCUGUCCUGUUAUUGAUAUGCUUGAAAGAACGCAACACGCACAAGCGAACAUGACGUUGUAGAGCCGAGGCCAGUGAGCUAGCACAAGCAAAAGAAAGCGUGAGCAUGAGCAGCGACCGCAACUGCAACGUUACCUUUGACGAGAUAACCGCGCGCCAAGCUGCGCCACUCCGGCGUCCUAAAGCUCGCAGCUGGUGUAUACGGCUGUCAGAGGCUGGGCUGGCGUAGACUGGCCGCAGACUACCAAGCGAAGGCUGCGAUGCGUUGUGAUAACGCGAACCCCAAGAGACCCACCUGGAACACAGCCAGGCAUCCGCGGUGAGCCAGGAGUAGUACGUACAUGCGAGGACAAGAGGAAAGAGAACGGCAGAAAGGAGGGUGCAGCAUGGCGGUUGUCAAAACGUUGAGGCCGGCGCAGAAAACAAACCAGGGUGGCUGCCUAGCUGCGGCCGGGCUGACGCGAAGGCUGACUGGCUGCUGUAUAUGGUGAGCUGAGACUGGUAUGAAAGGCUGGUGCCGGCCAGGCGAGUUGGGCAUGAGGCGCCGCUGCAUGGGGACACGACGCGCUGUAGGCCAUCUGCAGGUGCUGGCUCAACCAUCUCCGCCAGCAACAGCGGCAGCAAAGGAGACAGCUCAGAUGGAGUGCCGCUGCGUGUGGUGCUGCCUGCUGUGAUUGUGGGCGCCGCCGUUGUGGCGGCGGCGGUUGCGGGCACCGCCUUUGUGGUCAUGUGCCGCAAGACACAGCGCGUCCUCCCCAUGUAGUGAGCAACGGUACGAUGUGCCGUGCCCGGUGCGUACAAUGGACGUACGUGCCUUGCUGCAUAACCUGUCCACUUGUUGCGAGCGAGUGUGCAACAACGUUUUGUUCUUGCGUUAGGUAUGGCCAAGUUAUGGUACACAUAGGCUGGAGGCGGCCGUUUGAGCUACGCACCCCAGCACAUGCAAACGCCAUAGAACCCGCCACUGAACAGCGAGCCAUACGCGCACCGCGCGUGAGCCUCCGUUGAAGCUUUGAAUGUUGUGAUACCGAAAGUGACCUGAGUGGAAAUGAGGUAGCGGCGUGGAGAUGUGUCAUUGUGGUGCGAAGUAAGCAGGUUCGAGUUUGGGCGCCCUGUCAGUUGGAUCCGGGUCGCCCGUGUACGUGCGAACCCACUCAUGUGGCAUUAUACGAGUAGGGUGAGAAAGGAGCACGCGUGCGUGUUGCUAUCUUUUUGCGCGUGUGUGUGCAUGGUACAAGGUUAGGUUUAAAUGUCAGUCAGUGAAUCAUGCAACUACAUACGGACCUGGUAGCGCAUCCAUAUGGAGGUAGUCGGGGUUGGUGGAGUCAAGUUGGGCCCUGAUAGCAUGUGAUGGCUCGGCGUCUUCGGGUGCUGGGACUGUCCCCUCUGUAACAUCCGCAUUCAUAUAUAAUCGACCACGGCAGAGGUUGCUUAAUGAUAAGUUGGUGUGUAACGUCGGUUCAGA